CUCAUGGAAGUAAUUGAAGGCAUCGUCGACCAAAUCGUCGACGGUGUUGAUGACCUCGUUGAUGAACAGCUGCGGGUUCAGGCCCACCGAAUCAUACACCGCCUCGCUCUCGCUCCCUUCCAUUCAGAGCAGACCCCAAUUUCAGAACUAGGGUUUCGGAUUUUCCCGCCCAAAAAAUCUAGUCUCUGGGGAAAGGGAAGGACUUUGAAUUUUGAUUCUGGAAAAUGAAAUACAGUAGUUAAAUAUUGCACAACGGGGACACGUGGGAUUAUGUCUGUCUGCCACGUGUUUAAGGAUCAGACGGCUGUGGAUAGAGGUGGUACUGGAAAAACCAGGUUGCGAUUUAGUGAGAAAGAAAGAGUUGGGUGUGUUGUGGGAAGAGAGGCCAAGAAUGUUACAGAAGGGUUGCGAUAAGUUUCGGAGUUUUGUAGAAAAGAGAGUGAAUUUCGGUGUGUUUCGGAGCCACACAAGCAUGGCGAGGCAGAGCUCCAAAGUCGAGGCUAUCUAUGAACUAUGUAAAAAGACGUUUACGCCCUCGGGGUCUGCUCCCCCUUCUGCCGAAGCUGUCCAAAAGCUUUCUUCUCUUUUGGACACAGUCCAUCCUGCUGAUGUUGGACUUCAAGAGGAAAAUCCAGAUGAUGAUCGAGGGCUCGGUUUUUUCAGACUUGACAAUCUAAAUAGGGUUUCUCGAUGGACUCAACCAAUAACAUACUUGAACGUGUAUGAAGGAGAUACUUUUACGAUGUGUAUAUUCUGUUUCCCUACUUCCUCCGCCAUUCCACUUCAUGAUCACCCUGGCAUGACUGUUUUUAGCAAAGUUCUGUAUGGUUCUUUGCAUGUGAGAGCUUACGAUUGGGUGGAACCUUCCCUGGAAAGCAAGGGAUCAAAUAAUUUUCCAGUAAGAUUAGCAAAGCUAGCAGUUGACAAAGUUGUGACGGCACCGUGUGGGACAUCAGUUUUGUACCCAAAUAGUGGGGGGAAUCUGCAUUCUUUCACUGCAGUCACACCGUGUGCUGUUCUUGACAUUCUCACUCCUCCUUACAAUGAAGAUUUGGGUAGAAAAUGCACAUACUACCGUGACUACCCAUAUACUGCCUUCCCUACAGAAAUUAAGGUAUACAAGGCAAAAGAAGAGGACUAUGCAUGGCUUGCUGAGACAGAACCUAAUAUCUAUAUGCGAGGGGGAAACUACACUGGACCGACUAUUCAGGUUUAAUCUUCAUCAAUAACCAGUGAUGAUCAUUCAAUGAGCCAAUGCUUGUUAAGGUAUAUGGUUAAGUUUUGGACCCUACGAUGCAUUUCAUUUUUAGUCGAACUGCAGAAGCCUAAACAGAGGUAACUAAGGGGCUGCAACUGUGCAAAAAAGCUCUUUUGUGUAGGCUUUCAUGAAUCGUGAUCAGCUUUCUUGCAUACUUCGAUAGAUAGUUGUGUAGCUACAACGUAAUGAACGUAUUAUGAUUGUACACUGCAAUUUUGAUUUGCCAGUGGUGUUACCAUCUCCUUUUGCCUCUAUAGCAUUGCUUGUGUACAGGAAUCUUAUGCCGGCAAUGGUAUGUCAUUUUGAUGUUCCUUAUGGCCAAUUAGCCAGUAAGUUGAAAGUUAUUU